AUGGAUACAACGCCGGCAACAACAAAUGCUGAUAAUAGAAAUUUAUCUCUUCAAAGACCAUCAAUAGUCGCUGCAUGGGUAGAUCAAGGUAUAGGUGAGCCAGGAAUGCAUAAAUAUAUAAAAGAACGUUUCGAAACUCUUUCUACAUUUAUUACGCAAUGGUUAUAUUUUGAUUCUGAUGAUAAUUUUACAUCUUAUAUUGAAAAUAAUUCUAAUAUUAAAUUAAUUUGUGUUAUGUCUGGCGGAAUGUCUCGUUUAUUAGUACCAAGACUUUCAUAUCUUUCUGCAUUACAUAUUGUUUAUAUAUUUUGUGUGGAUAUAGAACGAGCUAAACAAUCAAUGGCAAACGAAAUUAAAGUUAAAGGUAUAUUUAAUAUAGAAGAUGAUUUAUAUGAAACGAUGGCUGAUGAUUUAGCGAAAUUAUUAGUUGAAGAUGGAAUUGCAUUAGCAAAAAUAGAUGAACGCAAUCUUGCAAGAUUGAAUUAUCAAGAAGCCAAACGAUUGUUAAGUACUCAAGCGAAAAACGUAAGUUUAGAUGAGACAAAAGCAAGAAUCGAAGAAAUUGACAUGAGACUUGAUCAAUUACUUGUUUAA